GGCAUGGCGUUGGCCAGUGUGUUGGAGAGGCCUUUGCCGGUGAACGGGGCCGGUUUUUUCGGGCUCGGGGGUCGCUCCGAGUUCUUGCAACUGGGUGUGGACAAGGCAGGGGAUGGGCUGAGCCUGGCUGCCCCAAGCUGGGCCGCCGCGGAGGAGGAGGAGCCGGGCAUUGAGCUGCUCCACGGAACCACCACCUUGGCCUUUAAGUUUCAGCACGGCGUGAUCGUAGCCGUGGAUUCGCGCGCCACAGCCGGGGCCUACAUCGCCUCCCAGACGGUGAAGAAGGUGAUCGAGAUCAACCCUUACCUGCUGGGCACCAUGGCCGGCGGGGCGGCCGACUGCAGCUUCUGGGAGCGCUUGCUGGCCCGACAGUGCCGCAUCUACGAGCUGCGCAACAAGGAGCGCAUCUCCGUGGCGGCCGCCUCCAAGCUCCUGGCCAACAUGGUCUAUCAGUACAAGGGCAUGGGGCUGUCCAUGGGCACCAUGAUCUGCGGCUGGGAUAAGCGGGGGCCUGGCCUGUACUACGUGGACAGUGAAGGGAACCGGGUCUCCGGCGUCACCUUCUCCGUGGGCUCCGGUUCCGUCUAUGCCUACGGGGUCAUGGAUCGGGGCUACUCCCACGACCUGGAGGUGGAGGCGGCCUACGACCUGGCCCGGCGAGCAAUCUACCAGGCCACCUACCGCGACGCCUACUCGGGUGGGGUGGUCAACCUCUACCACGUCCGGGAGGACGGCUGGAUCCGCGUGUCCAGCGAAAACGUGGCCGACCUGCACGACAAGUAUCAGGGAGUCACCGACUGAGGGGAGGGGGGAGUGGGCCUGAAGGAGGGCCGCUGAGCUGCUGCAGGGGCGGUGUCUCUGGUCAUUUUUUUUUUCCUUUCUUUUUAACUUCCUCUGAUGUUAACAUUAUACAACCAAACCCCA